AUGCGGUCAACAACAAUACUACCACGCGCCUCUCGGGAUCAGGAUACGAAAGAUGCAUCUCGCGACGUCGAGGCCUCCGUUAUCGACCGCGUGGCCACGGCCACAUCACAGGUUCCUCCCGUAGAGAGCGGAACUUUUGAGAUCGAUACGGAACAGCAACCUAGCAAAUCUUCACAAAUUGUCAUUACAUGUCUAGUAAUACUCUGUAACUUGACACAAUUUGUCUCCAUGUUCUCUACUGUUGCAGGCGGAUUCCAAUUCAGCGCUGAGCUCGGCCGAGAUUUUGGACCCGGGCAGGCUAACUGGAUGGGAGCGGCAUACUCACUUACUCAAAGUGCUUUCGUCCUAAUUAGUGGCCGACUUGGGACCAUUUAUGGCCACCAGAACAUGCUAUUUCUUGGUGGUGGAAUCAUCGUUGUCCUUUCCCUAGGAAAUGCAUUUUGCAAGACUUACGAGUCGUUUGUGGCCAUGAGGGCCAUGACCGGAAUUGGCGGCGGUAUUAUCAUGCCGAACGCUGUUGCAGUCCUCACGAUCAUGAUUCCACCAGGACAGAGCCGAAAUAUCACACUUGCCGCUUUUGCAGCUUCACCGCCAUGUGGCGCACUCGUUGGAGCUCUGUUAGCCGGUGUAUUCCUAGAGUAUACCGAAUGGAAAUGGUUUUUCAUAGUGAUCGCCAUCUUGGGAACCGUAACGUUUGGAUCCCUGUUUCUUGUGCUUCCACAUGACGAGCCUGUGGACAAGGGGGGCAGUAUUGACUACCUGGGUAUCGUAUUCGGUCUUGGUGGCCUGCUGCUUUUCAACUUCGCUUGGAACCAGUCACCAUCAAUUGGGUGGGAUUCUCCGUCCGUCAUCUCCACCCUCAUUAUAUCCCUCCUCCUAUUUACGGCUUUCAUGAUUUGGGAGAGCAAGUUUGCCAAGGAUCCCAUCAUGCCCCUGACAGUCUUCGCCGCCCCAACAUUUACGGCCCUAAUCUUCGUGGCAUUGCUCACAUACAUGUCCGUUGGCAUCAGCCUGUGGUAUAUGGUCGCCUGGCAACAACUCCUACGAAACUGGACGGUCCUUCAUGUUGCUAUAGGUUGGAUCCCUUAUGCUGUAGGCGCCUCAAUGUCAGUUGGACUGGCGGCGUGGUUGAUCCCCCGCAUCGAAGCGCAGAGCAUCAUGGCAAUCGGAAUCUUAGCUUCCAUCGUGUCAUGUUUGCUGCUGGCAACAAUGCCGGAGCAGCAAAUCUACUGGGCACAGACGUUUCCCUCCAUCUUUAUCGGGUCUCUCUGCCCUGAUUUCGUUUAUGUGGCUGCACAGAUCAUAGCCAGCAACAGCGUUGGAAAGCGAGAGCAAGGCGUUGCUGGGAGUUUGAUCGGUACGCUGAAUCUCUACGGAAACAGUCUAGGCCUCGGCUUUGCUGGAACCAUUGAGUCGCAACUUAUCAAAAAUGGCGCGAGUCACGUCACGAGCUUUCGUGCCGCCUUGUACUUUGCUAUGGCCCUCUCUGCAGCUGCGUUGGUGUUAGACUUUGGCUUCGUCAGGAUGCCCAAAGAUGAUCGGAAGGGAUGGGAACAGGACGACUCCCGCAGAGACGAAGACUUGCAAGGCUCAUGA